AUGGCGCCCGUGGAAAUGAUUUCUCCCGUGCCUGUCUCGAAAGUCAGUUCAGUCACAUCUACGUCGUUGCAACCGCCAACGCCACCGCUAUCACCACCACUGCCGACCCCUCGAACAAUCACAGAGCUGUUGUCUUUGAGGGCGCGAGAGUUUCCCGACGAGCCGAUCUUUGGCUAUCCCUCGGACGAUCUCGACUAUCUCGAAUACUCAUACUCAGACCUCGUGAGAAUAUCUUCUCAAGCAGCCCGGCGAUACUCGAAAUGCUUGCCAUGCCGGGCCGACUCCGCCCAAGCGGCUCGAGUCAUCGCCCUGCUGGGGCCAUCUAACCUGGAUUAUUUUUUCACACUGUUAGCUCUAUCCAGGCUAGGAUUCACGGUGCUCUUUCUGUCGACAAGAAUAUCCCAGGCAGCAUAUUUGUCGUUACUGGACGUGACCAAAUGCCGCCACAUCGUGACCGAUCCGUCGUUCCGGAAGACUGCAAAUGCGCUGGCGGCUGAGAGCAAUGGACUGGAGGUCGUGGAUAUUCUGUCCCGGGCACAGUAUAUGACCGAUGCUAACCUAGGAGAUGCUGGGGCAGAGCAAUACUUUGAUCUGGACGAGGAGUCCUCCAAGGUUGCCUGGAUCAUUCACUCCUCUGGCUCGACUGGCCUGCCGAAACCCAUCUACCAAACCCACAAGGCGGCACUGAAGAAUUAUGAAAACAGCUUGAGAAUGCGUGGCUUCGUCACGCUGCCCCUCUUCCACGCCUUUGGUCUCAGCAACGUCUUUCGUGGUAUCACCGCCGUCAAGAAGAUAUACAUGUACAACGCCAACCUACCGCUGACUAGCCAGCACCUGCUGAAGAUCCUGACGGACCACCAGUUCGAGAUCUUCCUCGCCGUUCCAUAUGCCCUCAAGCUCCUAAGCGAGACGCAGGAAGGUAUCGACGCUCUGGCAGCGCUGAAAGUGGUCAUGUUUGGAGGCUCAGCAUGUCCGGAUGCUCUGGGUGACUUGCUGACUGAAGGUGGAGUCAACUUGAUCAGCCAUUAUGGAACCACUGAGACGGGUCAGCUUAUGACAUCCUUCAGACCUGCCGAUGACAAGGCCUGGAAUUACGUUCGAGAGCACGAACGGCUGAAACCCUAUCUCAGGAUGGACUCCAAAGGUGGGAACCUUUAUGAGCUUUGUGUUCUGGACGGUUGGCCCUCGAAGGUUGCGACGAAUCGGGACGAUGGAUCGUACGCCACAAAAGACCUUUUCGAGCCCCACCCGUCAAUACCAGGAGCGUGGAAGUAUUGCGGACGACUUGAUGAUACCAUUGUCUUGGUUAAUGGCGAGAAAGCCAUCCCAAUUGCAAUGGAGCAGGCGCUGCGACAGAACAAGCUGGUUCGAGAAGCCGUCAUGUUUGGGACUGGUAAAAGCCAGCUGGGUAUGAUGGUCAUUGCUUCCGAGCAAGGAGCUAGUAUGGAAGACCGAGAUCUGAUCGAGUCACUUUGGCCAACAAUCAUGGCUGAGAACAAGCCGUUGCCUGCUUAUGCGCAACUGGCCAAAGACAUGGUCAGAGUCCUUCCGGCGGGUACUCCGUAUCCUUGCACCGACAAAGGUUCGCUGAUGCGUCAGGCAUUCUACCGAGCCUUCCAAAAUGACAUUGAAGAGGUUUAUCAACAGGCAGAGUCGAGGACGGCUGGCACACUCAUGCUCUCGGAACCAGGACUGCGAGAAUUCCUUCGUGCACAUUUGUUGGAGCUUUGCCCUCAAGACGAACCUUCCAGCCUUACGGAUGAUACUGACUUGUUCUCACUCGGUGUUGACUCUUUGCAGUCGACGAGACUUCGGGCCGACAUAUUGAAGGAGAUUCAACUCAAUGGCAACCCACUACCACAGAACAUUGUCUUUGAGUACCCUACCAUCUCUAGACUGGCCGCUGCGAUCCUCAACAUCCGUGAUCGUAAAUCUGGCGAGACCCGGGAUGUGGUCAAGGAGAUGGAACAGCUUGUUGAUAAGUACAGCACCUUUCCCAAACAUGUGCCUGUGCGGUCGAAGGCUGAAGAGCGUUGCAUCGUUGUCACAGGCGCGACAGGGUCACUGGGAGCUCACCUUGUCGCACAACUUGUACGCCGGGAGGAUGUUUCUGAGGUGUGUUGCUUGGUACGAGCCAGUUCCAAAACGUCUGCUCGUCAACGGGUCAUCAAAUCGAUGCAGGAACGAGCCGUGUAUCACACAAUUCCACUAGAAUUGCGUCGUAAGAUCUCCUGCUAUCCAUCCGACUUCUCUAAACCAGAUCUCGGCCUCGAUGACAGACUCUAUGCCAGCAUUUCAGCAAAGAUCACAAGCCUAGUGCACUGUGCCUGGUCAGUCAAUUUCAACAAAAAUCUGAGCAGCUUCGAGGCAGACUGCAUUGCAGGUGCCCGGCAUUUGAUGCUCCUUUGCCUUUCGGCCCAACAACCUACACCGGCGUCUUUCAAUUUCUGCUCGUCAGUCUCCACCGUGGCAAACACUCCGGGGGAGGUUGUCGCAGAGGCGCUUCCCCAAAGCUUCAUGUGUGCUCAGGGCAUGGGAUACGCGCAGUCCAAGCUUGUGACCGAGCACCUGGUGACCCGAGCCGCCUCUCAAACCGGAAUGGAGGCCCGUGUCCUGCGCGUGGGACAGAUCAUUGCGGACACUGCGCAUGGGAUCUGGAAUGACACCGAGGCCAUACCCCUAAUGCUGCGAGCAGCGACCACAAUUGGAACUCUCCCGGCUCUUGAUGAAUGUCCCCGCUGGUUGCCGGUGGAUAGUGUGGCGAGGACCGUCAUAGACAUGUCCCUUUCAAGCACCACAAAGUCGGUCUUCAACAUUGUCAAUCCCCGCACGUUUCACUGGACAAAAGAACUCCUUCCCGCAUUACACAGUGCAGGUCUAUCCUUCGCUGAAGUGAAUCAGCGCGAAUGGAUCCGCCACCUGCGUGCGUCAAAUCCAGACCCCGAACAGAAUCCCACAAUCAAGCUCGUGGAGUUCUUCGCAAACAAAUAUGACAACGACGUUACGAAGAGGAAGAACUUCAACUAUGUAACAACCACAGCAGAACAGGUCUCUCCUGAGCUCGGCAUCGUGCCUGCUUUGUCCGCAGACCUGGUGAAGAAGUUCGUCGGGCAUUUUCUGAAGACCAGCUGGGCGGCUAAACUGUCAACGGCUGGUGCGCGGUCGCAGCAACAGACUCGGCUCAUCGUCGUGUCGGGUCCAUGUGGCGUUGGCAAGAGCACUCUUGCUGCUGAGCUUGGCGAAUCCCUAUCCUGCCCGGUGAUUGAAGGGGAUGCGGUUCAUGAUGCCAUUGCAAUCGCAAAAAUGAGCCAGGGAAUCCCUCUUACCUCCCUAGACAGGCAGAUCUGGCUCAGUAGGAUCAAAGUUGAGGUACUGGAACGUGUUCGAGCUAGUCAUCUUAUCCGUGGUGAUCGGCCGCGAGCCGACGCGCGAAACGUAAAGGAUGUUAUACUAACGUGCUCUGCACUUGCCCGCUCCCAUCGCGAUGCAUUGAGGAACAUCCUGUCCCCAUCAAACGAGGAGACAGAACCGGAUUGCAUCAACACUACCUUUGUGGUAUUGCAGGCCACUGAGGACGAAAUACUCCGAAGAGUGGCCCACAGAAAGGGACAUUAUAUGAAAGUUGACAUGAUAGCAUCUCAGUUGGAUGCAAUCGAGAAACCCGGCGUCGAUGAGACGGACGUCUUUCCUGUAGACGCAGAGCAGGAGAUGGACAGUAUUGUCCAGGAGGUUUUGGCUGGGUUAGAUGUCCAGAUUUAG